AUCAAUCUGUUGCUUGUUUCCUCAGGUGGAGGCGGACCAGCGCUUGAAGGAGCAAAUCAAAAUGGCGAGCCAAGAGGAGUCUGUGAGGGAGUUCGUCGCCGUCACCGACGUGGACGAGGAGAGAGCCCGCUUCUUCCUGGAGUCCGCCGGCUGGAACCUGCAGCUUGCACUCGCCAGUUUCUUUGAGGAUGGAGCUGAUGACGACAUAGUGACGCUUCCUCAGCCGGAAGGAGGCUCCUCGGUGUCCCGGUCCGCUGGGCCAAGCUCUCAGCCCAGAGUGACUUCCUUCAGAGAUCUGAUGCACGAGGCAGAGGAGGAGAGUGAUGAAGAGGAAGGCCAGAGGUUUUUCGCCGGAGGAUCAGAGCGCAGCGGGCAGCAGAUCGUUGGGCCUCCCAAGAAGAAGAGCUCCAACGAAGUGGUGGAGGAUUUGUUCAAGGGCGCCAGGGAACAUGGAGCUGUGCCUCUGGACCGCCCUGGGAGAGGGCCAGGAGAGCCCAGCAAAGCCAGGGCCUUCAUCGGUGGAGGCUACCGGCUAGGUGCAGCUCCUGAGGAGGAGUCAGCCUAUGUGGCCGGAGAGAGGUCAGCCUCCAACAGCCAGCAGGAUGUCCACGUGGUGCUGAAGCUGUGGAAGACGGGCUUCAGUCUGGAUAACGGGGAGCUCAGAAACUACAACGAUCCUGGAAAUGCCAACUUCCUUGAGGCGAUCAGAAGGGGUGAGAUUCCCCUUGAGUUGAGGCAGCGGUCUCGAGGAGGUCAGGUGAACUUGGACAUGGAGGACCACAGGGACGAGGACUUCAGCAAACCCAAGGUCGCCUUCAAGGCCUUUGGAGGUGAAGGACAGAAGUUGGGAAGUGCCACCCCAGAAUUGAUUACAGCGCCGGCGGCCUCUCAGCAAGACCAGGCCGCCAACGAGGCCCAAGCCACUGCCUCUGUGACCCUCAACCCCUCCCAGCCCGUCACCAACAUUCAGAUCCGACUGGCCGACGGUGGCAGGCUGGUCCAGAAGUUCAACCACACCCACAGGGUGUCUGACCUGCGGCAGUUCGUGGUGGCGGCCCGGCCCGCCAUGGCUGCCAGAGAGUUCGUCCUCAUGACCACCUUCCCCAACAUGGAGCUGUCGGACGAGAGCCAGACGCUGCAGCAGGCCAACCUCCUCAAUGCUGUCAUCGUCCAGCGGCUAAAGUGAGGGAAGGGUGUGGGGGAGUAAUAGUGACCAUCCCCUUUCCCCCUCUCCUCUCCCCCUUUGACCCCCCGGUGGUGUGGCUGAGUAACUACAGCCCUGUGAAACCUGCUGCCCCUUCUGAGGGAGGAGAAAACACGGACUUAUGUAUGGACUUCUAAUUUCUGAUUUUUUGUUUUUCUAAAGUGAAACUUAACAUUCUGCUCCCCAGACCCGACCCGACCACACUCUCCCCCCUCCUCCCCCCUCUGUGGUUAGUGAUGGGCAGUUAUGACGGGGAGGAGGGGGCUAAAAAAAAAUCUUCCAGAAUGGAACAGAGAAGGCCGACAGAUGCUGUUGAAGUGUUGCUGUGGUGGUGUGUGUUGUCCUGACAGCAGUAGAUGGUUGAACCUAAAAACACAGCAGCAGUUUGUCUGCAGAGAUGUUCACUAACCCGAGCUCUUUUUUUUCCAUUAACCUGAUCUUCACUCUUCUUUUUCUAUUAACCUUAAAUUGGCCCUUCAGCUGUGUUUACUGUCAGGUGCUGAGGCCUCUCCAGAUUCAUCCAACGACAGACUCCCGGUUAGUUUCUGUCACAACAGCACAAACCACAAUCACAUGAGGAAUACUAGUCUUGUUAAAAUUCAAGUACAGACUGAUAGUGUGGAUUUGUUCCCAUUUCUGUCCACGUAUUCUUUUUGGAGAGAGACGUCUAAGGGCGUAACGAAGCAAUGAGUGUUUCUUUUCUCCUCUAAUCAAACCUGAACCAGUAGCCUUACUCUCCUUUAUUCACCUGCAGAGCGACACCUGUUCCCUUUUGUUCAGAUAAAGAUGGUUAUUUUUUUAAACUGCCUUUUUUCCCCUCCUCUUUUUUUCUUUUUUUUUCCUUUACAGAUUGUAGGAUUGUCCCAGUUAGACAGUGGCAUUUUGAUAUGGUGUAUCAUGAAAACCAGUUACACGCGGCUUUAUUCUCAAACUAAUGGUUGAGCAGAAGAACAUAUAGAUUGUAAACACUGGUUUGUAGUAGUGGAAGUGGAAUUCCUAUGACACACUGACAUCUUCUAUGCAUCCUGGGGCAACACAGAAAUAUGUUUGGACCUCUGGUAAAAUAAAUCCAUUUUAUGGUUGAUGUAUAAA